AAUAAAACGCGCGCUCAGUGUGGCAACGCGGGAAACGUAGCUGUGUUGGUUCUGAAAUGUUUUGCAUUUGGACGGCAAACAUUGCCACACGGGGUAUUUUCGUUUAGUUUACACCGUAGGGUCUAAUAAACUCGUUAACCAAGCAGUUUCUUUGUCACCGGGUGACUAUUUUAACGAUCGGUGGAUCUCGUUACUCCGGUGGCCGUGCGUAUGUGUGCGCAACACGCGGGCGAGUUUUGAACUAUAGUAGCAGUUGGUUGGAUGAAUGUCCGCGCGCUGGACACAAAAGACGCGACUGAGCUUUUAGCUGUCUUAAGCCGUGACAUUCCCGUCGAACACCAGCCGAGCCUCGGCAGAUGGAUUCCUUUCAGAAGGUCGAAAAGAUAGGAGAGGGAACUUAUGGAGUGGUGUACAAAGCCAAGAACAAGAACACGGGAGAAACGGUCGCGCUCAAGAAGAUCAGGCUGGACACGGAAACCGAGGGUGUUCCAAGCACUGCCAUCCGGGAAAUUUCCCUCCUCAAAGAGCUCAGUCACCCAAAUAUUGUCAAGUUGCAUGAUGUCAUCCACACGGAGAACAAGCUCUACCUUGUGUUUGAGUUCUUAAACCAGGAUCUAAAGAAGUUCAUGGAUUCUUCCACAGUCACUGGCAUCCCGCUCGCUCUGAUUAAGAGUUAUCUUUUCCAGCUGCUGCAAGGUUUGGCCUUCUGCCAUUCCCACAGGGUCCUCCAUCGCGACCUUAAGCCUCAGAACCUGCUCAUCAACGCUCAGGGGGAGAUCAAGCUGGCUGACUUCGGUCUGGCGAGAGCGUUCGGCGUGCCCGUGCGCACGUACACACACGAGGUGGUAACAUUGUGGUACAGAGCACCGGAGAUUCUGCUGGGCUGCAAGUUUUACUCCACGGCUGUCGAUAUCUGGAGUCUGGGCUGCAUUUUUGCUGAGAUGAUCACAAGGAGGGCCCUGUUCCCCGGCGACUCGGAGAUAGACCAGCUCUUCCGCAUCUUCCGCACCCUCGGCACCCCCGAUGAAGCCACGUGGCCGGGAGUCACGUCCAUGCCGGACUACAAACCGUCGUUCCCCAACUGGGCCCGUCAGGAUCUAUCCAAAGUGGUUCCACUCCUGGAUGAGGAUGGAAGAGAUCUGCUACGAGAAAUGCUGCAUUACGAUCCAAACAAAAGGUUAUCGGCCAAGAACGCUCUAGUCCAUCGCUUCUUCCGUGAUGUCACCAUGCCUCUGCCUCAUCUGAGACUUUGAAUUGUGCAAAAUCUCCUAAAAAAAGCAGCAGAUUCUUUUCACGACAACAAGCCGUAAGUGAUCUCACUUGAUGAGUGGUAUCCUUUUGAUGCUCAUUUGAUACUUUAAAAACAGUUUGAAAUGUUCUUGUCUGUUUUCUGUAGACCUAACAUUGUUCUGUUUGUCCAUAUUUGCCAUUGUUAAACUAAAUAUUGUCACCCUCUAAUGUACGUAGGUAUUCAUAGACAUAUUGUAGUUUUGUGCCCAGAGACUUGUUUGUUUUAUAUUCGUGUUCCGGCCUUAGGCUGUCCAAAUUUUAGAAUUUAGAAAUUGAUAGCACACGUUUCGGGAUAGUGCAAAUACCAACGUUUAUUGUUCGUUCAAUUUUCCGGCUAUAAGAAGUCAACAGAAAUGAAAAUGUCUUAUUUAUGCAAAGGUUGCUUUAUUUUCAGAUUUUACAGUCUGGUAGGUUGUCACAACUUUCGUACACUAGGUUUUACCUGCCCCUUUAUAAGCCCCUUUUAUGGCUAUUGCUUGUUGACAGUUGAAAAUAAAUAAAUAAAUGUGUUUAUAUAAC